CGAAACUCCACCAUCUCUAACAUCUCGUGCGCCACGGAUGAGCUGGUCGAUCGCUUUGGCAGGUCUCGUAGCUUGUCUCGCUGUGCAAGCUGCGGCUUCUGGAUUCUCGAACGAAUUCCAGGCAGUUGGAGCUGGAGACCAACAUGUCUUAGAGCCCGGAAGCCUAAAUGGCAGCAUUCCGCCAGAUACCGUUGAAUUGGAACACUUCACGCACCCGGCGUUUGCGGAUUAUCGACUGCGGAUCACCGAGCCAAAGCUGUGCGACCCCUCUGUAAAGCAAUACUCUGGGUAUCUCGACAUCUCAGAGACCCGACACCUUUUCUUCUGGUUCUUUGAGGCUCGUCAAGACCCUGAUGCGGCUCCUCUCGUGAUGUGGCUCAACGGUGGGCCGGGGUGCAGCUCGACGACGGGCCUCUUCUUCGAAUUGGGCCCGUGCACUGUCCUUGACGAUGGGAGCAGCCCUCGCAACCCGUACUCGUGGAAUAACAUCGCCAACGUGCUCUUCCUGGACCAACCCAUCGGUACCGGAUUUUCAUACUCCUCCGACGGCUCCAAGGUCGACACUCUCGCGGACCUCGCAGUGGACGUGUACGCAUUCCUGCAGCUUUUCGCCGCCCGCUUCCCGUCCCUGGGUGCGAAGCCACUUCACCUCGCAGCCGAGAGCUGGGGUGGGCACUACGGACCGAACAUCGCGAGCUACGUGCACAAGAUGAAUAAGCGGGGCGUGUACGCGCCGUUCCCCGGACAAAGACACAUCAAUCUGGCGUCGCUCAUCCUCGCGAACGGUCUUACGGACCCUGCCGUCCAGUUCGCAUCCGUACCGGAGUACAUGUGUGGCGCCGCGCCGUACCCGCCUUUCAAGCCCGAUAGCGCCGAGUGCCGCGCGAUGAAGGUGGAAGGUCCAAUAUGCAAGAGGAUGAUCGAGAGUUGCUACCGCUUCCCGUCGAAGACGACAUGCGACCCAGCAACCGUGUAUUGCUGGUCGCGGAUGCUGGUCCCGAUGUCAAACAGGGGUGUGAACCCCUAUGACUUGCGCCUCCCUUGCGCAGAUCCUGAGGGCAGCUGUUACGCCGAAUUUCAUGGCCUCGCGGCAUACAUGAACGAGCACCGCCAUGAGCUCGGCGCCGACGACGAGGCGGGCGAAUUUGUGCAUUGCAACAUGACCGUCAACCGUGGAUUUUACUUGCAGGGUCAAGCCAUGCUUAACAGCGCUGCGCUGCUCCCAGCGCUGAUCAAGGAUGGCUUGCGGCUGCUUGUUUUCGCGGGUGACACCGACGGCAUAUGCAACUUCAUAGGCGUCGAACGCUGGAUGUUACAGCUCGAGCAUGUGCUCCACCUGGACUUCGUGAAUGCGCCGCCCUUGGAAUUUAUCGCAAACGACACUGGUGAGGUUGGCGGUAAGGUGCGCAAGUCAGGAGGAUCUGGCGCUGGAAAUGUCACCUUCGUACAGAUAUAUGAAGCAGGCCACAUGGCUCCCCAUGAUCAGCCCGAAGCUACUCUGGAUAUGAUCACUCGUUGGAUCAAAGACAUUCCCUUCGACGUGGUCGACUAGCGUUGUGCCGUUCAUAGUCCUGCACCUUGACUUUCAACGCCGAACACAUGGCUCCCAAUGUAAAACUUGACACGUUGUACACACAUCCCUGCUCAAAUAUACGCACCUGUACUUCUC